CCCGAAGCAAAUAAUACCUAGUGUAACACUUGUUAAAUAGUUUCAACAAAACACAAAUAAUAUGGCCGAUAAACCAAAACGCCCACUCUCCGCUUACAUGCUGUGGCUCAACAGUGCCCGCGAGUCGAUCAAGAGGGAGAAUCCCGGCAUCAAGGUCACCGAGGUGGCCAAGCGCGGUGGCGAAUUAUGGAGGGCAAUGAAGGACAAGUCGGAGUGGGAGGCCAAGGCUGCCAAGGCCAAGGAUGAUUACGAUCGGGCCGUCAAGGAGUUCGAGGCUAACGGCGGUGGUAGCGGUGCCGCCAACGGUGGAUCCAAAAAGCGCGCGAAACCAGCGAAAAAAGGCAGCCAAGAAGAGCAAGAAGGACGAGUCCGAUGAGGACGAUGAUGAUGAGAGCGAGUAGACUGCUCAUACCUACCCUUAUCUCCAUCACCAAGUCACACACACACACACAAAACAAGACCCCAAGAAACCAACAAAAACACUGCAUUUGCAUCCACAAAUCCCCUUAAUAGCAUAGAAAGCCCAGCCCGAUCGGUCAUCUCAUCAACAAACGAGAUCUGUUCAGGUUGCAACUAAAACUACACAAACACACCCGAGAGAAGAACAAAAAUACGUGAAAAUAAGCAAAAUUGUAUUUAUACAUAUGAAUUUAAGUUUAUAGUAGUCGUUUCUCUUAUAAUAACCAUAUACAAAGAAGAGAGGACAACCAACAGGAAAGGAGAAGAAUGUCAGAGAAGAAGGAUGUUUUUUUUUACAUUUCUGCGGCGUUUCGUCUGGAAAAACGAUGCGUUUCAGGGAUUGAAGAGAAAAUCUAUCUUGCAUAUAAAUUUUGUAAAGUAAACGAUAACAUAAUUCCAUUAAAAAUAAAAAAAAAGAUACAAAAAUUGCAAUUGUUCUCUCAGUAGUUGGAUGAAAAUGACUAUCGUUCUGUUAACUUUGAGAUCGGGCUGAAGAAAGGGGAUUGUUUAUCCACUUCACAGACAGAAAAUACACGAGAAACAAUACAAACAAAACACCGCAAAUGAAACAAACGAAAUUUCGCUCAGGUCUUUUCGUCAUUUUGCAUUAAACUUAAUGUUUAACGUCUUGUUAGCUAAAGAUGUAUAGCAGAAGAGGAAAUCGGAAGGUAGAUGAGACAAGCAGAUGUAAUUGCAUUUAAUCGGUAGUUUUAAUUGAUAACUAUACGUAUAAUUUAAUGAGAAAACCAACAAAAUAAAAUAAAUACAUUUUUUAAAUGCGUUGAAAA